AAACAGUAAAACAGUCAGUCACUGAUCGGAAAUCAUCACGGUCCAGUAUAAGAAGUUCUUUCUGAUUUUCUAUAAAAGUCACAAAGCAAAACUAAAUAACAAUCAUGUCACCAAAUGAGACAACACAAAAUGAAGAGAAGCCUAAGAAUGUAUAUCCCAGGUGGCUCAAUAAAUUCUUCUUCACGGAUAUCCUCCGUAAAGAAUUUGAGACUUUCAAAGUGGUCCGCGUUGGUAUUGCUCCAGCAACUGCCAAAGGCGAAAACUAUGCAUCAGUCAUGUACAGAGUCAAGUUACAGAUUGAAAAUAAGGAAAAACAUGUUUUGCAGAGGACGUUUAUCGUAAAGGCCUUUCCUGAUCUUGGUGUACAUCAGGAACUUAUGGAACAAUUCAAUGUCUUCCCAAAAGAAAUUGAAAUGUACGGCACCAUUUUACCAGCUUUUGAGAAGAUGUACGAAGAUGUUGGAGUUAAGGUCCGAUUUGGACCAAGCUGCUUAAUGGCUGGAAGUGAACCAACAGAAGUAAUUGUUAUGGAAGACGUGACCGAGAAAAACUACAAAAUGGCUAAUCGUAAAACUGGACUAGACCUAGCACAUUGUGAACUUCUUCUUGCUAAACUAGCCAAAUUCCAUGCUGCAUCAGUAGUCUAUCGUGAAAAGAAUGGACCGUACAAGGAAUGCUACAAAAAUGGAAUUUAUUCUGAAAAUAUGAGACCAAUUUUUGAGCAAUUCUACAGUGCUAAUGCAGAACUAUUUACUGAGAUUGCAGCUGAAUGGAAACUUACGCCAAAAUUGAGCAAUGCUAUGUUAAACUGGAGGGAUAAUAUGCUGGACAGAUGUUUUGAAAUAGUAAAGGAAGAUCCUAAUUCAUUCAAUUGCCUCAACCAUGGUGAUAUGUGGUGCAACAAUUCCAUGUUCAAGUACGAUUCCACUGGAGAGGUCAAGGAUGUCAUACUGGUUGAUUAUCAAAUGUGUCACUAUACAUCACCAGCUAUUGAUCUGAACUAUUUCAUUUUUACAUCAUGUCACAAAGAUAUCAAAUUGCAGAAGAUGGACUAUUUAAUCCAAUACUACCACACACAACUGGUUAAUGCUUUAAAGCUCUUGAAUAGUACAACUAAACCUCCUACACUACUGGAAUUGCAUAUUGAUGUAUUAAGGAAAAUGUAUUAUGGACUUGCAUCGGCUAUUGGCACUUUUGCAAUUUGCGUUGCUGAUGCUAGUGAAGAAUCCGAGAUGGCAACAUUCACAAGAACCGAUGAAAAAGCUACUGAAUUCAAGAGAAAGGUCUACACUAAUCCAAUCUUUGUGGAUGCAUUGAAGGAAAUUAUACCAUUCUUCGAAGCCAAGGGUAUUUUAGAUUAAUGUCUCGCACCAUAUGGCUGUAUGGCCUAAAGAAACUGAAUACUAGUUAGGGUAAGUGUGCCAAAUUUCGGCAUAGUUGCAUGCAAGCGCCAAAGUCUCAAGUUUGAAAUAUAAUAUUUUUAAUACAAA